ACCAUAGUGCAAAUCUUGCUCGUCUUCCACCGAGAAAAAACAUCACCGAUCCCUAAGCAGGACAGCUACGGAGGGGAUCCAGCAUGGAACCAGCCCGGCGAUCCGCCGGCGGUGCCUCGUCGGACGGAUCCUUGGCGGCUGGAUCGGACGCCGACGACGACAGGUACUGCAGCGCCAGCUCCGCGCUCGGGACGCCGAGCUCCAUCUCUACCCUCCGCCCCUCCUCCGACUUGUGGGACCACCACAUGGACCUCCUCCUCGACGACCCCAUCGCCAGCUUCCCCAAGAGCCACCAGCUGACCCGCCUCCACCAAUCGCAAGCGCCGUCGCAGCAGCGAUCGGAUCCUCCGGCCGCCGCUUUCGCAAGGCCGGAAUUGGGUUCUGGUAGGCCGGAUGUUCCGCCGCGCACUGAUCCCGCCCAGGUGGACAUCCUUGAGGAGAGUGAUUUAUUUGAUGAUAUGGUUCAAGAGAUGGAACAAAUUUUACUCAAUUCAGGGGAGCCCCAUGAAAGUGGAACGUCUACAGACAACCGUGCAAGCAAUGCUCACCAAAAUCUGCAUUUCAGAGAUGGCAGCACCACUGCAUCUACUUCUGGUACAGAGGAUGCAUAUGUAUAUCCCCUUCCUCGCUAUCCUUCCAAAAUUGAUUCGGUAGAGCUUGUGGGGGCAAAGCAAAGAACAGGGGAUGUUUCUUUUGGCGAGAGGAUGGUUGGGGUCAAAGAGUACACUGUAUACCUAUUAAAAGUGAGGAGUGGCGAAGAUGAAUGGGAAGUUGAACGUCGAUACCGUGAAUUUUAUGCACUUUAUCAACAACUUAAGCCCUUCUUUUCUGAGAAAGGAUUGAGUCUUCCACCCAUAUGGAUAAAUGUAGAAAAAGAGUCCAGUAAAAUAUUUGGGAAUGCAUCCCCAGAUGUUGUCAAUGGACGAAGUGAUCUUAUUCAAGAAUGUUUAUGUUCUUUGCUUGUCUCUAAUUAUCCCUUCGGAACACCAGCCCCUCUGGUUAAUUUUUUGUCACCAGGGACACCCGCUUAUGAACAUAGCUUCUUAAAGACGCUUAUUCCCCGAUCUUUGCAAAGGCUGAGCAGCGAUUUACAUGCCAAAGAUUCAGACUGCAAUGGAGCUUUGCACGAAGAUGCUACCUUGAUGGGCAAGACAAUAUCACUUGUUGUGGAGGAUAGGCCUCGUAAGUCGACUAGACAGUUGUUGGAGUUUCAACACUACAAUUGUGCAGGAUGCCAUAGGCAUUUGGAUGCUGGACGAACAUUGCUGCAAGAAUUUGUACAAACUAUUGGAUGGAACAAGCCUCGGUUUUGUGCUUACACUGGCCAGUUAUUUUGUGCUUCUUGUCACACAAAUGAUACUGCAGUUCUGCCAGCAAGAGUUUUGCAGCACUGGGAUUUUUCUUUAUAUCAAGUUUCGCAGCUAGCAAAAGCGUAUUUGGACUCCAUUUAUGACCAGCCUAUGCUCUGUGUAAGUGCUGUCAACCCUUUCCUAUUUGCUAAAGUGCCUGCUCUGCUUAAUAUCAUGAGUAUCCGGAAGAAAAUAGCUGCCAUGCUUCCUUGUGUUCAAUGUCCUUUCCGGAACUCCAUAUUUAAAGGACUAGGAGUACGAAGAUACCUUCUUGAUGGGAAUGACUUCUUUGCGCUCCGUGACCUUGUUGAUCUAUCAAAAGGUGCUUUUGCAGCACUUCCAGUUAAGGUGCAGACAAUAUCAAAUAGGAUACUUGUACACAUUACAGAGCAAUGCCUUGUGUGCUAUGAUGCUGGUAUUCCUUGUGCUGCUCGACAAGCUUGUGAUGAUCCCCUGGCCCUUAUUUUUCCAUUUCAGGAGGAUGAAGCUACAAGAUGUGGCUCCUGUGGGUCAAUCUUCCACAAACAAUGCUUCAGGAAAAUUAGUGAUUGUCCCUGUGGUAAGACUGCUAACACAGGCACGAAAAUCGUGGCACUGGAACAAGCACUAGAUGGCGGCUCAAAUAGGAUGUCAACUGAGUUGAUCGCGCACCCUUCUUUUUCUUCAUCGUCAGGUUUUUUCUCUGGUAUUCUUUCGAAAGCAAGGCCAGAUAAGAUUUGGAAAGCAAGAAACAGCAGUCCUGUAAUUCUGAUGGGUUCACUGCAAGAUACGUCUAUGUGAGCUUCGUCAGGUUUAUCAUUGCAAUUUUGCCCGCCCGAUUUUUUAAUCAUUUGCUAUGGUAUACUACCUAAGAGAGAAAAAACAUUGGAAGGGAUCCUCACUGUUGUUUCUGUAUGUUGUUGUAAUAAAAUGCAAUCUUCAUUGC